CAUAAAACUAUGACGUCACAUCAUCUACACAACCGGUUGUAUUUAGGCGAAGGCAUGUGCACUGGUUUCUCUUGAUAUUACAGCAAUGGGAAGAAAAAGCAAACGCUCGAAGGCUGCAUCAAAUGAAAAUGGGGACAGUGGUGGUCUCAGCAAAUCUCAAAGGAAAGAAUUGAUGGAUUUGACCAAGCAGUUACUCGAAAAAUGUGUGAAGCCAAGUGAACAGAAUGAAUGGGGAAACUUUCUGGAAAUUCACGAUUUGGUAGAAAAAGUCAGAAAGCUACAAGAGGGUCAUAACUUCCUCCCAGAAGACAGAGAGACACAUUUCCCGGUAUUUUUGACUUGGUUGAAGGACAAUGGGGUAGAUACCACAGCAGUCAGCAUCAGAAAGUUUGAACAUACUGGUUAUGGAUUAGAAGCUAAAAAAGAAGUGCAGGAAAGUCAGCUCCUCCUGACCAUCCCCAGGAAAUUGAUGCUAACAACAGAAUCUGCUAAACUAACAUGUCUCGGUUCUCUUGUAGAAAGUGAUCCUCUACUGCAGAGUAUGCCAACAGUGGUUCUUGCCUUACACCUCCUUAUUGAGAGAUGUGAUGUGAAUUCCUUAUGGAGACCUUACAUAGAUACUCUACCAGAAAGUUUUUCAACUCCGCUGUAUUUCACCCCAGAUGAAAUCCAGUUACUGAAAGGAUCUCCUGUCAUGAGUGAAGUCCUGAAGCAAUAUAAACACAUAGCAAGACAAUAUGCAUAUCUUCACAAGUUAUUUCAGGGUUUACCUGAUGGCAAGUGUCCUCUCAAACACCAGUUCACCUAUGAUGACUACAGAUGGGCAGUGUCAGCAAUAAUGACUAGACAGAACCAGAUUCCUACACCAGAUGGGCAGCAGAUGAUCAACGCUUUAAUUCCCUUCUGGGACAUGUGCAAUCAUACUAAUGGGCAGUUCACAACAGAUUACAAUUUAGAGAAGGACUGCAGUGAAUGUUUUGCCCUCAGAAAUUUCAAGGAAGGAGAGCAGAUCUACAUCUUCUAUGGCUCCCGGAGUAAUGCACAACUUCUCCUAUACAGUGGUUUUGUUUUCCCAGACAACCAGAAUGACACAUUGGACAUAAAA